ACUCUUUCGGUUAGCAAGUUUUAGUGCAUUUUGUUGAAAUUCAAAGAAAAUAAAAUGAAAUUCUUGGUUUGCUUGGCUCUCUUCGCCUCCUUGGCUGUGGUCUCUGUGACCGCUCUUGCUGGUCAAUCGGCUUGCCGUGAUCCCUCUGAAGUUCAUCAGAAAUUCCCCCAUCACUGGGAUCCAUCCAAGUAUUGGUAUUGUGAAAAAUUGAAUGAGAACGCCGUUGAGAGGGAUUGCCCCAAGGAUACCGCCUACAUGCAUUUGUUGAAGGAAUGCAUUCCAUGGCCCAACUACAUUUGGAAGAAACCCGAAAAUCCCCCAACUGUUGCCUAGGAUAACCUGAUUCUAAAUUGAUAUUUCAAAAAUAAAAUAUUUUAGGUAAAUGUAAA